AUGACGCUACUUACAAGUCUAUACCAGCUUCAGUCGAAAAGAAUGCUUUCUUCCAUAUCUUCUUUCUCUGCUCUUUCUGUAUUGCGUCCGCAAAGCAGCAUGCUUUUAAACAGUCCACCAAUGAAAACUAUGUCCCUUACUGCAUUGGGAUUUGGUUUCAUCGGUCAACGGAGGUGGAAGUCUAGAGGUAACACCUAUCAGCCCAGUACAUUGAAGAGGAAAAGAACGUUUGGAUUUUUGGCGAGGGCAAAGAGCAAACAAGGCUCAAAAAUACUGAAAAGAAGAAAACUCAAGGGUAGGUGGUUUCUGUCUCAUUGA